CUGGCUGGAGACCUGUAAGGCUUGGGUAGUCUAUUGGACACCCAGACAGGAUGAUCCUGGUAUAUAACAUGAAGUAGUUGGGCGUUCCAAAGACCCAUCCGUUGCUCGGAGGUCCUGCCAGCAGGCAGUUCGACCAUUCGAUUCGGAAGCACGAGGCCUCACCUCAGACCCAGCACUCUCCAGUGUGUUCUCCUCUCCGCUCCGGGUCCAGAUCUCGAUCCCUCUUCAGUCGUCCGUCUUCGCCGGGUCGACGUCGCCUCCGUCCUCGUCGCCUCCGUCCUCGUCGUCUCCGUCGACGUCGUCUCCGUCUCGACGCGGAGAGCGCGCGCGGCGUGGAAGGUCCGAGAUGGCCUUCAACUUCGAAGACCCUUCCGGCAUCUCCAGCGACGCUCAUGGGCCAUCGGACUGUGGAAGUCCUUGGAUCCCCGAAAGUUCCGCCUCGGGAGCACGGGAGCAGAAGGACGUGCAGAGCGCCAUGUGGGAGAGCCUCAAGUACGAGAUGACACGCGUCGAGCUGGGGCGCGACCGUUUACCUCGACGACUUGAGAUGCAAAGCCCCGGGAGCACCGGUGCCUUGGGCACCUUCCGAGAGGCCAUCGGCAUGAACGACAACGGUCCGGUGAUUCCGAUCAGUGCGGCUCGGCACCAGCAGACCUUGGGCACUGGCACCGCGGAGGAGACCACGUCCUCGACGGGCCUUUUCUCCAUCUCCCGAUCGGUCGAUGGACAUAUGGGCUUCGGAUUUCCAGGAAGUUCCAGACGCAAAUCCAAGCGACCACAAUAGGUGAGAGCUGAUGCGCAUGCGCAUGCAUCCGUGGUGGGAGGAGCUCGGUAGUGGUGAAGAGCCCAUCUUGAGAGGUC